AUGCAGGCCCAAGAUGACCUUGCAGCCCUCUUCUCUCGAAACCUAACCUUCAAUCCCGAGAACCAGAGCCAAGUGCAGCCGCUUAAGGCUGAAGAGGAGCUUAAGCAGACCCCGACCCCGCCCCCGCUAAUGCCGCGCCAACUCCGGCUCCCAUCAUCUAUUCCAUCACCCAGCACUACACCCACUCGGCGCACAUUGCUCGUCAGCCACAAUACCGAGCAGGUGACCCCCGAGACCGUCCUCAGCCAGCACGGCGUUGACCCUUCUAUUCUCUCCCCCUCCCAGAUCCAGCUCUUCCGAAUCUCUGAAGAAGCCCAUCAGUUACGUCUGAUCGAAAUCUGGCGUGCCGCGCCGCCUACUUCAAGCACAGAAAACCCCUCGCUUGCUUGGACGAGCACAACGCUGGAGCAAGAGGAGCAGCUAGCGAAGCUGCGGUAUGAGCGUAUGGAAGCAGAGAAGGAGCAGCAGCAGCAGCAGCAGCAGCAGCAGCAGCAGCAGAACGCUGUCAUGAGCCUCGAUGGCACCCCGGUCCAAUCCGAUGACAGCCGCUGGUUGGCCAACUCCAUCUCCCACCAAGUCGAGCCCUACAUGAUGUCUGGUUACGAGGAGAUGAUGCGCCGCGAGUACGAGCGGGAGCAGGUCGAGGCCCGCUCCAGCGGCAACUACUCCCACUACGGCUCUGUCAUCGGCGGUUACAAGCCGGCCACCGACCCUGUCUACAAGGGCUUCGGCGACGACUGGGCCAGGGAGCAGGCGAUUCAGAUGCAAAUGCAGAUGGAGAACCAGUACGGCGCUUUCCAGCAUUUUGGCGGCCAAGCCGGCAAUAUGGAGGCCAUGGAGAUUUUAUAA